ACAAUAGGCUCGUCUCUUCACCUCAACCUAUAUACAGAGCUACGUUGUCAAGAAUUCAGGGUCACCUACCGUUACAUUGUUAAAAUGCUAACGAGAAAGAGAGCGCUUGUAGAAGCCAAUGCAAACGAUUCGCGAGAACCAAAGCUAGCAAAAAGACCCAACCGCGACCAAGAUAACGCAUCGGUAUCACCAGAAUUCAGGGAGAAGAGCACUGAACCCCCCUUUAUUGGUGGGUCAGUACAUGAGGUGUCAACCCUACAGCUAAAGUAUAUAACGUACGCUAAACCAUCGUACGACGUAAACCUGGAAGAUAUCGAAACAGGAAAGGAAAUCCGACUGGCCGCUGAAGAUGAGAAGCGGUAUGAUGGCAAGCCAGCCGAGGAGUUCCCGGAUUGGCCCUACGUAAUCUCUGAAGCUGCGGCCGAGCUCGUCACGAAGUAUAGCCUCGAAUCUACCAAGCGUAACCAGGAUAAUUUCAGCAUGUACGUCUCGAACGACUUUACCGGGAAUGGGAUGCAGGAGGUUAUAGAGAACCAGCUCACAGGAAUCAACACACUCAUGGCUAAGCGACGACUCCCGGCCGAUGAGCUUGCUGUUGGGCUCUGGGUACGCUUGUCAGCUUUCGCCCACUGGACUCAAUCGCAACAACUAGGGCCUUGGGUCAUGAUGGAAGAUAGUCAGCGCUGGCGGGACACUGUCGCAAUGAUUGGUAUCGCAAUCUUAGCCACACUAAAUGCUCUCGAUCGGGCGAAGCUACUGAUGAAGCACUCCCCUGUCAAGGACCUGGGUCUGGUUCUCGCACUUCUUGGAGACUUCAUUUGCGACUGUCUGGAUCAAACCACGACGAUUCCAUAUCUAUCAUCGAAUACUAGAGAAGUCUGCUGGCCGUACAAAAUUGUCUCCUACGCUAAGGCUAGCAGUAUCGAGAUCAAAGGCAUCUAUGGCAUCGAAGGGAAGUUCGUACAAAGGUUCGAUAAUGAGGAUAAGGCGAACUAUUGGAAGAGGAAAGAAUGUGUUGAUCGCUGGGGUUGGGGUACAAAGUGGAGAGUUCUCGGUAGAGAGUACGGCAGAUCACGUAGCAUAUUCUAUCGGGGUCCAUCACUCGGAGGGAAUGCCUUUGAUAUUACAUGCUGGCCCGCUGCUGAGAGGAGGAAGUACCACUUCGAAGACAAAGACCCUCUUGAGCCCUAAAAUCCUCUCGUGCGACUCCAGUGAACAGAUUAUAGAAGCAAUCGCACGAAGAUGUAGUCUAGACAUUGUGUUCCGGAUUAAACACACGGGAGUGCUGCAAGCAGUAAAGUAGUCUAACUAUACAGUAAUUAUUGGA